AUGCAAAUUAUCGAUGAAACUAAUGAAUUGAAAGAAAUAAAAGAAAAUAAUCAUGAAAAUGAUUUAAUUAAAGAUGAUAAUGAUGAUAUUAUUAGCUCUGAUGAGGACGAACAAAAAGGGGAAAUUGAGGAGUUGGAAUUAAGAAAACGUCUUUUUUCUAAUAAAAUAAUACCAGAAAUUAUUAAUAAUAAAGAUGAACAAAAAAUAGAUUCUGAUAUUGAAAUAAAAGAAAAUAAUGAAGGAAAUAAAGAUUCAGAAUCAAUUAAUUUACUUAAAGAAGAAUUAAACGCUUUAAAUGAAGAAAAUCCUUCCUCAGAAAGCAUUAAAAUAUCUGAACCAGAAAAUAUUCAAUCACCAAAAUCUUCUAAUAAUUCUUUUGAAGAAAAUUUAAUAAUAAAAGAAGAUGGAAAGGAGGAAAAAGAAGAAUCUGAUGAUAAUGUUUCUUUACGUUCAGAUACUACAUACACCAUGGAAUCGGCAAAUCAACAUUUAGAUGUUAACGAAGAACAAAUAAAUGAGGAAUUAAACGAUAAAAAAGAAUUAUUAAAAGAGAAUAUUUCUGAAGAAUCUCUUUUGGGUGUAUUACCUCCAAUUCCAGCACAGAGAAAGUCUAAAAUUGUUGAACCUACAAAAGAAAAUACUACUUUAACACUAAAUAAUUCUCCAAAUGAAUUAGCGGUUCGAAGAGCUGUUGAAUUUAGCGACCCUUUACAUUCUUCAAUUCCUCUUCUAUUUCUUCUUUUGCUGAAAGUGUAGAUUCUC